CGAGGUGUUCGGCUCCUUCCUCUGCACAAAAGCAGAGGGUUGCCCCCGGUUUUUUACUCCGCUUCAGCUAUAACCUUGUUUUCCAUCGCGGACGCUCUCUUAGGGAUUCAACCCCAAGCCCUCUUCUCACCAGCUCGGAGAGAAAAUGCCUAGAGAGAUGGACCCCUUUUGGAAGUAUGUGAAAUUGCUGCCUAACAAACACUGGAACUGCAACUUCUGUGGGAAUUCAUAUGCUGGAAGCGCGACCAGGAUCAAGGCCCACUUAGCCGGAGUUGGAGGAUAUGGGAUCAAUGACUGCAAGGACGUUGAUGGCCGAGUGAGAUCAGAAGCCCAAAAAGGCGAUGAAGGGUAAAACAGUGGUGGAAUCGAGCAGCAGACCAGAUAACGAUGAAGUGGGUCUGCAUCAGCCUGUGAUUGCAAGCAAUGAAGAUGGUCGGCCUGUGAUUGCAAGCAAUGAAGAUGGUCAGCCUGUGAUUGCAAACAAUGAAGAUGGUCAGAGAGAGACUUCAUUUGUUGCCAUGCCAUACCUGAGCUCUAAUGCCAUAAGCAUUGUAGGUGCAAGUUCAUCAGACUUUCAUCCAUUGCAUGAGAUGAAUGUGCCCAGUCAGUAUCUUCCUACUCAAAACAUGACCACACAUGGGGACAUUUCAUUCUGGACACAACCUCCUCAAUCUCAUGCCGUUAAUUCUAACAUUCAGCCAUGGAAUUUGAGUCAUACCAGCAGCGGCAGAGACCUUGCACCUCAAGCUUUGACUCACACGCCACCCCCAGUAAAUGCAGAAGAGGAGAACCCAAUGCAGAGGUUCCAGAAGAUGCGAGGACAGAUGAUGCACUCAUGGAUAGUCAACCAAGUGCUUGUGGGCUGGUCGACAAGAAUAUGCCAACUCUGAAAAGAAAGCUGGAAGAACUAAGCAAUCAAGAAGCAGACAUGGAUGGGCUGGAGACAUGGUGUAGGAAAGCAAAAGGAUAAGGGGAGAAUACUGGAGCAUGGUCCAAGCAUUCCGAGAAGGCAGAUCUCUUUCUCCACAGCAGGUAGAAAGAUUAAAUGAUUUGAGCAAAGAAGUUAAAGAUAUUCUAGGGCACUGUAGCUUCCGAAAAGGGUGGACAACACAUGCUGCUGGAA